UCCCUUCUCGAGCGCGGAACCAGGAUGGAGCCGGAGGAGGGAGCCAAUGGGCCCCCCAGCGCCCACGCCCCCCCGCCCAUCAUCGGCGCCGAGGACGAGGACUUUGAGAACGACAUCGAGGCCAGCCCCGCGGAGGAGCAGAGCAGCCCCUUCCAGAGCCUGGAGCAGCUGCGGCAGCGCCCGCUGGCCCUGGCGGCCUUCCUGCAGCACUGCGUGCUCCAGUUCGACUCCUGCCCCGUGCUCUGUUACCUGCACGUGGAGAUGCUGAGGAGGAUGAACCCCAAGGAGGGCCGGAAACAAUUCCUGGAGUUCUGCCACCUGUUCCUGGACAAGGCCGGGAUCCUGAGGGUGCCCAUCCCGCACCACGUCCAGUUCGAGCUGGAGCGCACCCGCCCGGAGCUGCUCCCCGAGGACGCCCAGCGCCGCUUCCUGCAGGACGUGCAGCGCCACCAGGAGCCCGAGGUGCUGCGGCAGCUGCAGGACUUCCGCACCAAGCGCCUGAUGGGGAUGACGCCGGGGGAGCCGGAGCUGGACGAGCUGGAGCGGAGCCGGGCCCGGGACCCCGCGGGGGCCGCGAGCACCGAGAGGCAGCUGGCGGAGAGAGUGCUGGGCCGGAUCGAGGAGAUGCACCUCACCAUCUCAUCUGAUGAGGAGAAAAGCUCCCAGAUCUUCGGCGCCAUCGUCUCCUACAUGAAAUUCCUGGGGCUGCGCACCAAGGGCGGCGACGGCAAAAAACCCAAAUCCAACUUUUUCCGAAAAAAGAUCUCGGGCAGGGACCCCCAGGGCAAGGCCCGGAGGGGCUUCAGCCUGGCGGGGGCGGCGCUCUGGGGGCGCGAGCCCCACGGGGCCGAGGUGAGGCAGAGCAAAGGAGGAGAGGGGGAAGGUGAGAAGCCCCCUCCCCACCCCGAGCGCAGGGGGGGGGGUCCCCGGGGUGGCUCCGAUUUGGGUCUGGGGUCUCUCCGGGACCCCCCCCCGGGCGGGGACGGCGCCGAGGCUGAGCCAGCAGGGUUGGAGCCCCCGGGACCCCCGGAAUUGGGGGAGCCCCCCCCGGACCCCCCCGCGGGGGAGCAGCGCCCCCCGGAGGAGGGGGGGGACAGCGACAGCCCGGAGCCGGGGGGGCCCGGGGGGGGCGAGCCCCCGCCCUUUCUGCCUCGGCAGCCUGAGGAGGUUGUGCCGCGCCUGGAGCCGGAGCUGGAGCUGGAGCCGCCGGCCUGGCGCGAGCUCGCGGCGCCCGAGGCGCUGCUCAGGCUGCCCCAGCGCGAGGUGCGGCGCCAGGAGGUCAUCAACGAGCUGUUCCUGACGGAGCACGCCCACGUGCGCAUGCUGAGGGUGCUCCUGGAGGUUUUUUUCCAGCCCAUGCUCCGCGAGGGAUUUUUCGACGAGCAGGAGCUCAACAACAUCUUCCCCAGCCUGGAGGACCUGGUGGAGGUGCACACCAUGUUCCUGGACAGCCUCAAGAAGCGUCGGGAGGAGAGCGGAUUCAUCAUCCCUGAGAUCGGGGACGUGCUGCUGGCCAGGUUCGAUGGCACCGAGGGCAGCUGGUUCCAGAAGAUCUCGGCGCGGUUCUGCAGCCGCCAGAGCUUCGCCCUGGAGCAGCUCAAGGCCAAGCAGAGGAAGGACGCCCGGUUCAGCCAGUUCGUACAGGAGGCCGAGAGCCGGCCGCGGUGCCGGCGGCUGCAGCUCAAGGACAUCAUCCCCACGGAGAUGCAGCGCCUGACCAAGUACCCGCUGCUGCUGCUCAGCAUCACCAAGUGCACCGACGCUGCGGGCGAGCGCGCCAAGGUGGAGCAGGCGGCCGAGUGCUGCCGCCAGAUCCUCAACCACGUCAACCAGGAGGUCCGGGACAUGGAGAACCUCAUGAAGCUCAAGGAUUACCAGCGCCGCCUCGACCUCUCCAGCCUGAAGCAGAGCACUGACCCCCUGAUCAGCGAGUUCAAGAACACGGACAUCACCAAGCGCACCCUGGUGCACGAGGGGCCGCUCACCUGGCGUGUCACCCGCGACAAAUCCGUGGAGGUGCAGGUGCUGCUGCUGGACGAUCUGCUGGUGCUGCUGCAGCGGCAGGAGGAGCGGCUGGUGCUGCGCUGCCACAGCCGCGCGCUGGCGCCCGCCGGCCCCGAGGGCAAGCAGAUGCUGAGCCCGGUGAUCCGGCUGCGCUCGGCCAUGACCAGGGAGGUGGCCACAGACCACAAAGCGUUUUACGUCAUCGUCAGCUGGGAGAACGGCGCCCAGAUCUACGAGCUGGUGGCGCAGAGCAGCCAGGACAGGAAAAUCUGGUGCAGCAUCAUCAGUGACACCGCGGGGUCCCUGAAGCUCCCGGGGUCCCACCGGGCCAAGGGGGCUCGGGCUGGGGGUGGCCACGGACCCCAGCCCCACCUCGAUGACCGAGACCCCUCUGAAAAUGGGGGGGGGUCCCUGAAGGAGCCGCUGGGCCUGGACGACCGUGACAAGGACGGGGCUGUCGAAGGCACCGAAUUUGGGGGGGGGUCCCGCGAGCGGGGGGGGCUGGGGGGGCUGCCCCGCCCCCCCCGCGGCCUCCCCGAGGGGGGGGGGCUGGCGGCUGGCGCCCUGCAGAGAGUCACGGCGCUGCGGCCUGCUGGGGGCGCCCCUCCCCCCGCCCGGGCCGGAUUUGGGGGGGGGUCCCGGCCCCGCCCCCCCCGAGCAGGAGCGGCGACACGCGGGGGAUGGGGCGGAGAGCGACGGCGGGGACCCCGAGGCGGGGGCUGCAGGGGGGGCCCCCAACGGCCCCUGGGGGUCCCUGCCCGAGCUGGGGGCGGGGCCUGAGCCCGGCCCCGCCCCCCCGAUUGUGCUGGGCCCCGCCCCCGCGGCCUGGCUGGGGGCGGAGCUUGGAGCCCUCGAGGAGGCGCUGAGGGGGCUCAAGGAGAUGGAGGACCAUUACUGGCAGCUCUUCACGUGAGCUGAGGGGCGGGGGAGCCGCAAUUUGGGGAGGGGUCUCUCCCCGACCCGCCCUCCGCAAUAGGAUCCGCGCCCCCUCCCCAAAUUCGGCGCCGCUGCAAUUCCAGGAGCCGCCGCCAGAGGGCGCGAAAAUAAAAAAAACCCGGAGUAUUUUGGGGAGGGAUCCCCGCGCCCCCCCAUCCCCCCCCCUUCCCCCGAUUUAUUUUGGGGAGGGGGCGCCCCCCCAUUCCCCCCCCCCCGCGUGGUUUCUGUUUUUAUAAAUUUGCUGCGAUUUUAUAUGAAUUUAUAUUUUUGGGGGGGUUUGGGGGGAGAAGACCCCUCCCCAGUUUUAACGCUGUACAGGAAUUUGGGGAGGGGGCGUCACUAAAAGUGCGCCGCCACCCCAACCUCUCAAUUCGGGUGGAAAACCAAAGAAUUCGGGGAAAAAGCCAAAUAAAUGCAUUUUGCUUCUGAAA